AUGGGCUCCUUCAUUUACCUUAUAAACUUCUUCGGGGUCGGAUUCGUUCAGUCGGCCAUCGAGCAGAGCAUGCUUUCCGAGGAGGAGGAUGCGAAGGAGAGAGAAGAGGAGGACGAUGACGAGGAGGGGGAAGAUGAGGAAGAGGAGGAGAAAGACCCAAAGGAGCUGCUUUCCCGCCACAGGCGCAACCAUCGGCGCAACCAUUCGCGCGGGCACUAUGCCCCCCAUCAACCGGAGCCCUGGUAUAAGCCCGAACCGAUCCCAACUCCCGUUACUGCCACCCCCGCUACUACCAACCCCUCCACUGCCACCUCCGCCACUGCCACCCUCGCUACAAUCACAUCCGCUUCAAGCGCGCCUGCUCCCGCGGCGCCCAAGUCCUGCACUUUCAAGCUCGACAGUUCGUCCUCGCUACCAGACAUCCCGUUACAGGACCUCCCGGACGACGACAUUGCGCGCGCCGUCGCGCGCGGCGCCAUCCCCAUGCAUUCCCUCGAAACCCAACUCGGCAACACUCUCCGCGCCGCCGCGGUCCGCCGGCGCGCCGUGGAGAUCAAAACAGGCCGCUCGCUCGCGGGGCUGCCCCUCGAGAACUACGACUACGACGCGAUCCGCGGCGCGUGCUGCGAGAUGGUCGUCGGCCACGUGACGAUCCCCGUCGGCGUCGCAGGCCCUCUGCGACUCGACGACGCGGAGUUCUUCGUACCCAUGGCGACGACCGAAGGCUGCCUCGUCGCCAGCACCAACCGCGGCUGCAAGGCCAUCUGCGCCGCGGGCGGCGCGCGCAGCGUCGUGCUGCGCGACGGCAUGACCCGCGCGCCCGCCGUGCAGCUCCCCUCCGCGCUCCGCGCGGCGGAACUAAAAGCCUUCGCGGAGAACCCGCGCAACUGGGCGCUCCUCGCGGACGCCUUCAACAGCAGCAGCCGCUUCGCGCGCCUGCAAACCCUAAGCGUGGCGGUGGCGGGGCGCAACGCGUUCAUCCGCGUGGAGAGCAGCACGGGCGACGCGAUGGGCAUGAACAUGGUUUCGAAAGGCACGGGGAACGUGCUGGGCGUGCUCGGCGCGCAUUUCCCGGACAUGCGCGUGGUCAGCAUGUCGGGCAACUACUGCGCGGAUAAGAAGGCCACUGCUGUGAACUGGAUCAAGGGGCGCGGCAAAUCCGUCGUCUGCGAAGUCACCAUCCCCGGCCGCGUGGUCGAGUCGGUGCUCAAGACAACAGUUGCCGCCCUGGUGGAGCUGAACACGACAAAGAACCUCGUCGGCUCAGCCCUGGCGGGCGCGGUGGGCGGCUGCAACGCGCACGCGAGCAACAUCGUGACGGCCGUGUUCCUGGCCACGGGGCAGGACCCCGCGCAGAACGUGGAGAGCUCGCAGUGCCUCACGCUGCUCGAGGCGGCCAAUGAUGGGGCCGACCUGCACGCCUCCGUCACGCUGCCUGCUAUUGAAGUCGGCACCGUUGGCGGAGGAACCUUCCUUGCCCCGCAGGCGGCUGCCCUAUCCCUGCUAGGCGUGAAGGGGUCCCACAGCACGCAGCCAGGGGCGAACGCACAGCAGCUGGCGCGGGUGGUGGCGGCAGCAGUGCUGGCGGGGGAGCUUUCUCUCUGCUCCGCCCUCGCCUCGGGCCACCUCGUGCAGGCGCACCUCAAAUACAACCGCUCCACCCUCAAUGCUGCCUCCUCUUCAGCUGCGGUGGCGUCUGCUGCUGCUGGGCCAGCUUUGGCUCUCUGUUUACCCCCCAAUCUAUUCUCCUUUACCUCACCUGCUUCCCCCUUCCCUCCCGCCCUGCUUCUCCCAUCCCUCUGCCCUGCUUCCCCCCUCCCUCCCCCCUGUUUCCCCCCUCCUUCUGCCAUGCUCCCCCCAUCCUUCUGCCCUGAUUCCCCCCUUCCUCCGCCCUGCUUCCCCCCUCCUUCUGCCAUGCUUCCCCCAUCCCUCCGCCCUGCUUCCCCCCUCCUUCUGCCAUGCUUCCCCCAUCCCUCCGCCCUGCUUCCCCCCUCCCUCUGCCCUGCUUCCCCCCUCAUUCUGCCAUGCUUCCCCCAUCCUUCUGCCCUGAUUCCCCCCUUCCUCUGCCCUGCUUCCCCCCUCCCUCCGCCCUGCUUCCCCCAUCCCUAUGCCCUGCUUCCCCCCUCCCUCCGCCCCGCUUCCCCCCUCCCUCCGCCCUGCUUCCCCCCUCCCUCUGCCCUGCUUCCCCCCUCCCUCCGCCCUACUUCCCCCCUCCCUCCGCCCUACUUCCCCCCUCCCUCCGCCCUUCUUCCCCCCUCCCUAUGCAGCGUAAAGGGAGUUGCAGCAGGCUCAAGAAAGUGUUGA